GUGGCGCAGUUUAGUUUUUUUCUUUUAUUUCUCUGAUAUAUUCGCAAUUUAAAUAUUCUCUAGUUGUGUCUAAUAUUUUUAGCCGGCUCUCUCGUUCUUCGCCUCGUUUAUGCCGUGAUUUAAGAAGAUGUCACGGUCCGUGGGGUUAAUAAUUCUUCUCUUAAGCGUGGAGUUGGUCCUUCCAGCCGACACAGGCAAAUAUAAGGAACUUGGGGGUCAAGCUGUCCUAUCACCAGGCUCCGUGCCUGGUACCAUCACCAGCAUCACGUGGAAACAUGGUGCGGACAUCGCUGUGGAGUGGUAUGGAGGCGAAACAGUUGCGUACCGGGAGUUCAAAGAUCGGUGUAAGCUGGAUUUCUCCUCUGGAGCGCUGACCAUCUCAAACCUGAUUCUAAAGAGCAGCGGCCUCUACACAGCAGAGAUCAACAACAAAGUCAUGAGUCCAACUGAAAUCACAGUUAUCUCUGCUGUCCCAAAACCCACAGUCUCUAAAUCUUGCAACUCUGAAGAAACCCAGUGUACUCUCACCUGUAAAGCCAACAUCACAGACGCCGGACCAGUCGAGUAUUCCUGGAUGGUGGAUGACAAGAAGAUAGUUGGGUCAAGCGAUAAUCUCGAAAUAGGAAAGGAUGAUCCAGAGAAGAUUGGAAAACCAAUAAACUGCCAGCUGAAAAACCCAGUCAGCAGUGAACGCAGUGAUGAUGUCAUCAUCCCAAUUACAAACAGUAAUUUGGUGGCUAUAAUCGUAGGAGUGAUUGCAGGGCUUCUUGUGAUUCUGAUUGUGGCAGCCCUGUUAAUCUACUUUUUUAUUUGCCGCAGAUCGGGAACUCUAAAUUUUACUGGAGAAAUGGCACAAAGUUCAUACUCCCUACAUGAAUCCGGACCAGCCCAAACACCUGCAGAGCUCAGAGCUCCCAGCAAUGAACCAGAGAAGGAGAGUUUGCUUCCUAAAGACACCAAUGGAACUGAAAUGGCACAAAGUUCAUACUCCCUACAUGAAUCCGGACCAGCCCAAACACCUGCAGAGCUCAGAGCUCCCAGCAAUGAACCAGAGAAGGAGAGUUUGCUUCCUAAAGACACCAAUGGAACUGGAGCAGAAUUUGUGAGAACAGAGAAGGAGAGUUUGCUUCCUAAAGACACCAAUGGAACUGACACGUCUGAAGAGGGGUCACCCGGCCUGAAGGAACAUCCAGAGGACUAAAGCUGAGGACCAGAGGAUCGUCCCCUGUGAUAGUGAUUUUUGCACAAAAAUGACUUAUGAGAUAGUUACAGUGCACAGUGUUGGAGAAGGGAACACAAACGUUACUGCAUACUUGGAAUUUACUAUGUCACUAAACAAACUUAUUAUUGUUUCUUUCUAUUUCUUUCUGUGAUAUUUUGGACCAUAAACUAUGAGUUUAGGUGUUUCUUAGCUCAGGUCUUGUUGAGCGGACAUUGAGCUCACAUGCUUAGGCUUCCACAAGUGUCUGUCUUUGAGUCAGAAAUCCAGCAGUACUGGCAUUUGAAUGUUUCUUGCUGGACUUUUAGCACAUCUUAUUCAUGGCAGCUGACUUCUUCGCUAUGCAACAACUUUUUUACUCUCAUGGAGCACUUAAGAUGUGGCUGUAUCCCAGGGGGUAGAGCAGAUCAUCUACUAGCUGGAAGUUGGUAGUUUCAUCCCUGGCUGCUCCAGUCUGCAAGCCUAAUUCUUAUUGGGCAAGACACUGAAGCUUGCUUUGCUAUCCAAUGUGUUCAGAGUGAGUGUGCGUGAAUGUUAGACAGAAAGCAUUUGGGUAGAAAUAAGUGGUAUGAAUGAGACAUGAUGUUUAAAACCCUUUGAGUGCUCAUGUAGAGUAGAAGAGCCCUGUUUACCAUAGUAACUUGGGACAGGUUUAGUUUUAAUUGUAAUUGGACUCAUGAAUGAAGCCUGAACAUGGGGGAUACAUGUAAGAAGUGGUUAGCAGCAGUGUGGCCUCCAGAAGUGUCUGUGAUGUUUCAAAACUUGAAGUGAAGAUGGGAGUUAAAGAUUUGAAGAGACAAACUAAAAGCAGUGUUAGUGAGUGACAGAUGAAGGAGUUGGGUACAUUACAACAGGGGUGUCAAGCUCUUUGUACUGUAGUUCACACACAGUUCUGCUUAGAGUGAGCAGAUCCCAACAAAAUCAAUGUGAAUUUUGGUUAUUUCUCCUCUUUUUGUUUUGAAUAAAUUAUGACAGACACACUGUAGUUUAGACAGAACACAGAGUAUAUACUGCUGCUUCAUUUUCUCAGAGAUAGUAUCAUCAUGUUAAAAAUAAUUAAACUGUAUGACUUAGAAAUCACUGUCUCAAGAUGUGGGACGGAGGAGAAAGAAUAAAGAUGCGAUGCAGUCCCAGUUAAGGAGGGACAUCUUGUACCACUACUACCACUACUUUAGCAGGUUUCACUGCAUUAUAAGGUUUUUCCUUCUUCAAGUAUGAAGAACUAUAUUCUGCAAGAUGUUCACCUGAGCCAGAGCUAAGAUAUUAGAAAAGCUGAAACUGUACAUUUGAGUGAUAAAUACAUCAAAGUUCGAAUGCAUUUUCCUCCUCUGUGCAGUAGGCUGACUCUUUCAUCAGCCUGGCAUUAACUUACUGAGAAAUGUGACUAAUUAUUGUCUUGUCUGCAGCGUUCACACUUUAGAAAACCUUCCAGUGAGUUGAUUCCUGUCCUGGCCUGUUGUGGCUUGUUUGACACCCCUGCAGUAGAGGGUUAGCAAAGCACAGCCUGAAAUGUCCUUUCAUUUCUAUUAUGAGAUAUAGGAAAUUUAAAAAAAAAAAUCCUUAGCUUUAUUUUUGUUAUUUCAGUAUUGUACCAAAAAGGGAUUUUAGUGUCUGGUGCUACACUGAAGGCCACUGUUAGUGGUGCAAAAUGCUUCAUGGCACUGAUGCGACCUAGAAUGCACUGUCAAAAUAUGCUUUAAUUUCAGUGUCACCCACACACCGACUGUGACUGUUUGAACUCAUUAAUGGUACAAAAAGCUGCCUGUAAAUUCUUCAUACACUAGAGAUACCAAUGUCUCCACACUCAAUCUUCAUGAAAGACUUACAGAUGAUUAAUGUAAAAUGUCAAAAAUCUGACCUGUGGUGUGUUUUUAAUCAUUUAUAUUACGUAUUUAUGAAUGUUACGCUGCUUCAGAUUUACAUGGAUUAUAUGGAUGGAGGGACAACACACACUCAGCUAUUCCAUCCAUCCAUCUUUUCUCUUCCACUUAUCCAGUUCAGGGUCAUGUGUGUGUGUGUGUGUGUGUGUGUGUGUGUGUGUGUGUGUGUGUGUGUGUGUGUGUGUGUGUGUGUGUGUGUGUGUGUGUGUGUUUGUGUCUAAUAAUGGAUAGUUUGCUUUAAUAAAAAUCUUCAGCUUAGAUGAUCAUAUGAAUUUGUAUCAUGUGUUUAAAAAAACAUCUGGUUGCACAUUGAUGGUUUUAAAGAAUGUGGUUAUCUGUGUAUAUAUGUUUAUACUGGUUAUAUUUGAUUUCUAUUUAUUAUUUACAUUGCUGCAACUUUAGAUGUAAUGAAAUAUGGUGUUAGCAUUACUGCAAACACUAAAGUGCCUCUUUCUGUUUGACACCUUUUAUCUGUAUGCAUCCUUUUAAUUUGAGCUUUUUAAACCCCAAACAUCAACUCAUGGGUCCAUUGUAAGUGCUUACACAUUGCUCUAAUGUCCAACACAUUUACUGGCGUGAGAGAGCAAUCUGGUCUCAGGUGCAGUGCAAACACUGUGUGACAAAUGAUGGUCCAAACAUUGCCCCAGUUCAUUUAAUCCAGGUCAAAACACAGAACAGCUGGAUUUUUUUUUUUAUAAUUUUUUAAUUUUAUUUUAACUUGUC